CAAGUCCAAGAGCUCCCUUCAAACCUUAACAACAGUCCCAUCCUCUCCAAAACACCAUUCCAGAUCGCCUCAUUAACUUGCAGGCCGGCCUUAUCCACAACCCGCCAAAAUGUCCUCCCUCUACAACCUCGAGCCCCAACCCACCGCCUCCUGUAUCCUCCACACUACCUCCGGCGACAUCUCCCUCGAGCUCUGGGCACAGCAAAUCCCUCUCACCUGCCGCAACUUCCUCCAGCACUGUCUCGACGGCUACUACGAUAACACAAUCUUCCACCGCCUAGUCCCAGGCUUUAUCCUCCAAGGUGGUGAUCCUACUGGUACAGGAUCUGGCGGAGAAAGCAUUUACGAUGGAGGGCAAUACGCUGAAUCGCGGGAGGAGAAUGGCAUCUGGCCUAUGGAGGAUAGGAAAGGCGCCAAUGCAGGUCGACAGGGUGUAGGAUUCAAAGACGAGUUCCACAGUCGGAUCAAGUUCAAUCGCAGAGGGCUGCUGGGAAUGGCGAAUGACGGACCAGAUUCGAAUGGUAGUCAGUUCUUUCUUACGCUUGGAGAUACGCCGGAGCUGCAGGGCAAGAAUACGCUUUUUGGACGGGUGGAGGGCGAGACGAUUUAUAAUGUUGCGAGAAUGGGAGAGGCGGAGGUGGGAGCAGAUGAUAGGCCGCUGUAUCCUACGAAGAUUACAAACGUGGAGAUAUUGGUCAAUCCGUUCAAGGAUAUGGUCAAGAGAUCGAGGACGGCGACUAUUACGGAGCAGCCCAAGGCAGUGGAGAAAAAGAAGAAAAGGAAGGCUGGGAAGCAGCUAUUGAGUUUUGGGGAUGAUGAGGGAGAUGCGGAGGCAGCUCCUGUGGUCAAGAAGGCGAAGUUCGAUACGAGGAUUGUGAUGGAUACGGAUGAGGCGCCAUCUGAACUAAAGCCCAAGCAAGAGAAAUCGAAAAAGGUAGAGAAGAAGCCUGCAAAGCCUGUCUCUGUUGAGUCGUCACCCGAACCUACACCUCCUCCAAAAUCCCUACCAAAUCGAGCAGCAAAAGUUGAAGCCAGAGAGAUCUCAUCUUCGCCAGAGCCAGAUCAAAAAGUAUCCUCACUACUCGAAAAGACGAAUGCGCAGAUAGCAGAACUCAAAGCUUCUAUGAAGCGAAACGUCAUAGUGGCACCAGUUGAAGAGAAAAAGAAGUCCGCACUGGAAUCAAUGAUACCCAAAAACUCCAUCCGGGGCAGGAAACGACAUCCCGGGGAGAAUGUACCAGAUCAAAGUACCUUAGACAUCCUGAAAGCCUUUCAAAUAAAGCUACACAACGCACCACCAGAGAAAGAAGCUGUCAAGCCUGAAACCGCAGCAAAGAACGGAGGAGAGAAUGGAGCUGAUGCGUCAGAUGAGGAGGCAGUUCUUUGCGAUUUGCAUUUCAUUGCAGACUGCCAAUCAUGCAAGAAGUGGGACGAGGAAGACCAAGCAGAGGACGAUGAUAUUGAUGAUGGAGGAUGGAUGUCUCAUGCUUUGUCGUUCAAAGAGGACAAGCUAGGCAAGGAUUUGAGCUAUAGGAAGAAAGCAGAAGAUGAGUUGGUGGUUAUUGAUCCGAGAGAGAAAGCUAGGACACUGAAGGAAGAGAUGAGAGCCCAGAGAGAGGCGAAGGCUGGAGGUUCUGGGAGGGCUUGGGACUCGGCCAAGAACGAUAAGUUGUCGAGAGCAUCGGCAUUAGCUGGGAGAGGGGCUAAGUAAUGAUCAGGAAAGUGUGAACACUUGAUUAUGCUCUGAUCCCAACGUCGGUGUACAGUACAUGAGUUGAACCCACGUAGUUGUGGCUUUGACUGAGAUAGUCACAUCUAGAAUUGUGAAGAACUAACACAACACUCAUAAGUCAAGCAUGAUGGAUCUCAAAUAGGCAAAUCUUGAAAAGCUGUAUCACAUCC